AUGUCGCAUUCAGAGCACUCACUCUCUGUCAGAAGAAUGACCUCGCCAGAGUCCUCGGUCAACUCGGACAGCGACUGCACAGAAAACAUCGACGUUACUGAUGACGAAAUCACCGGCUCCUAUGAUGCUGGGAACUUUACCAACAGAACUUCCACCAACGACGCUGAAAUGAGAUCGAUAUCAAGAACAGGAACCAAGGAUGGAUGCUCGAGACUACAUGAUAUUUAUUCAAGCACUCAUCCUCAGCUUCGACUGGGUCAUCAUGGAUUCUCUGGCGGAGAAAUCAGAGAGCUGAGAUCAAAGAUAAACAGCAGAGAGCGUAGAAGAAUGCACGACCUCAACUCUGCCAUGGACUCUCUUAGAGACAGCAUGCCUUAUGCCAAAGGUCCUUCAGUAAGAAAGCUCAGCAAAAUUGCCACUCUGACUUUGGCGAAGAAUUAUAUCCAAAUGCUGAACAAAUCUGUGGAAGAAAUGAAACAAUUGUUGGACAAUAUCUAUAAGUCUGGAGCAGCAUCGCAGUACCUCCCACAAUUUAUCGCCCACCAGCAACAUUUCGGCACACCAAAUCCACAACCAUUGCCCGUGCCAUCACAUUUCACCCUUCCCAUAACCCAACAAACUAACUUAUCUUCUUCCUUGCACUCUUCAUGUUUGCCGGGGCAUCUUCCAACACCAAACUAUCACCUGCCGUCUCUGCCAAAUCCUUGCAGUCUGCCUAGCGUUUACAGCCUGCACUACGGAAGCAAACAUCUAACUUCCGCUAACACUGGCAGCAUCGUAUCUCCAGCGAGACAUUUUGUGAGGUCUAACAAUGUAUUCCCGCCCAUUCCUUGUACGUGUUCGGAUAUCCACGCAUGCACGUCAACUUUGAUUCCGCGGACGGUAUCAGAAAGUCUGGGGUCAACCCAAGCUGGCAUCAUGCGUGGCAGUAAUCACUGA